CAACCUCCUUCGUCAAGCCAGUGCGGCUGCUGCAGAAGCUAUCAGUAGAGGAGGAGGAGGAGGAGGAGGAGGAGGAGGAGGAGGAGGAGGAGGAGGAGGAGGAGGAGGAGGAGGAGGAGGAGGAGGAGGAGGAGGAGGAGGAGGAGGAGGAGGAGGAGGAGGAGGAGGAGGAGGAGUCCGAGAAGAGGUGGAUGAGACACGCACUGCGGCUGCUGCAGCUGCUCUCACUGCGACUCAAGCUGCAACACCCGCUGCUCUCCUCUGCUCCCUCCUUCCCACCCUGCUCCACACCCAACCAGGCCGCAACCUUGGCUGAGGAAGCAACAGCCUUAACAGUAGGAGAGGCUACUGAAUUCUCUUGA